AAUCAAGGAGGAGCCGGGAGUCCUGCGGGGCUUCUCCUGGAACCUGCUCCUCAAAUAUAAAGCGCUCUCCUCUUUCCACGAGGAAAAGACUGAACCCACAAUUCACCGGGAGGAGACGCCGCUUGAGAACAUCUCUGGUUGCGCCCCGAACUCCUCUGCUGACAUCUGCGCGUGAGCUGUAGUCCAAAUAAAUCAAGCCUCAGAACCUCAGAACUUCCAACUUUGUCGCGAGCGAGGAGCCGCAUCUCGAGUUCGGGGAGGAGAACGCGCGCACAUGGCCGCCCUCAUCAGCGCGUACUCGUCGUGGCCGGAGUCCUUCGAGUGUCCCGCGGGAGACGGGGACGCGCCGGACGGACACGGCCCGCACAGGACCCCCGUGGACAAGGCGCCGGAGCCGCGCAUCAGGCGGCCCAUGAACGCGUUCAUGGUGUGGGCCAAAGACGAGCGCAAGCGGCUGGCCGUCCAGAACCCGGACCUGCACAACGCCGAGCUCAGCAAAAUGCUGGGCAAGUCCUGGAAGGCCCUGACUCCCCCCGAUAAGAGGCCCUACGUGGAGGAAGCGGAGCGGCUGCGGGUGCAGCACAUGCAGGACUACCCCAACUACAAGUACCGGCCUCGCCGGAAGAAACAGCUGAAGCGCAUCUGCAAGCGGGUGGAUCCGGGCUUCCUGCUGAGCGGGCUGGCCCCCGAUCAGAACGCCCUGCCCGACCAGAGGGCCCUCUGCCGCCACCUCGACAAAGACGAGGGCAGCCCCAACGGUAUGCGAAGCGGGUUCUCCAGCCCCGGCCCCGCCUUGCCCAGCGUCCGAAGCUUCAGGGACCCGGCCGGCUCAAACAGCAGCUUUGACACGUACCCCUACGGCCUGCCCACUCCCCCGGAGAUGUCCCCCUUGGACGCCAUGGACCACGAGCACGUACCCCUCUCUUAUUAUUCAACGUCCGGUAGCUCCUCCUGCUCCUCCUCCUGCCCAGAUGAGCACCACCAGAACCAGACGCACAUGGGCAGCCCGCCCCCUUACCACACUGACUACACCCAGACCCAAAUCCACUGUGGAGGCACGCACAUGGGUCACGUCCCUCACAUGUCCCAAAGUGGCGGCGGGCUGAUCCCCGGCCCUCCGCUGUCUUACUACAGCACCUCAUCUUUCCCCCAGAUUCAUCACGGGCUCCACCAGGGCCACCUGGGUCAGCUAUCCCCCCCACCAGAGACACAGGCUCACCUGGAGACCCUGGACCAGCUGAGCCAAGCGGAGCUUCUGGGUGAGGUGGACCGCAAUGAGUUUGACCAGUACCUGAACUCCACCGGGGCCGGGUUCCACCCCGAGCAGCAGGGCAGCGGCAUGACUGUCACGGGACACAUCCAGGUGGCCGCGUCCGCCGCCUCCGCGUGUCCCAGCAGCCCCACAGAAACCAGCCUCAUAUCGGUGCUCGCGGACGCAACAGCGGCCUACUACAACAACAACUACGGCAUCUCGUAAGCACCCGGCGGCCCGGGGGGGGGGGGGUUCAAAAUGGGCCAUUGGGGUGACGCUGCACCUGGUCCGUGCUUUGAUGUUCUGUAAAUUUCAAGUCCCGUGUUAGAACAUCUGAGCAAUGUCAUCCCACCGUGAUUUGGAGCCUGAACUGAUUACUGAGCAAAAUGAUUGUCCGGAGCCGAGGAAAGAACAAAGAGGGUCGGAGGAACGCGGAGAACGGGAGAUGGACGCCUCAGGGAUGCAGACACAAGAACACGACAGUACGCCACCUCCGGUUGUCAUGACGUUUCCAAACCAGAAGAACAAUCGUAAAGACUUGGUGUCCACUUGUAAAUGUCACCAGUUACUGUUGCUGAUGUACAGAUGCUCUUUAGAAGCUAAUUUAAGUCCUUUGAUGUUUCGCAUAAAUGCUAACUGUAAUGAUAUUAUCGACGCUUUCCAUUCACAUGUUUGUACUAUAUGUUCUCUCUCUCGCUCUCUCUCAUUAGUUUGGGAGUCUUACCUCAGUAGUUGAAAUUGAAUGAGGUUUUAGUUGGACAUUUCUUAUGCAAUUUAACAAACCGGUGUAUAAUGAAGAAAAAAGGCGUUUAUACUUCUUCUCAAGUACUUAAUAAUAUAUAAUCAUAACCUCUACCAUGGAAAAUAAUAAUGGUAACUAUAAAUGUAUGCUGAUUUAAGUUUGUGAAAGACAAUAAUUUAAAAUAAAGUAACAUUUUUAUAUAACAAA